AUGCGCCUGUAUGUCGACGGUGAGCAGGUGGCAGAACGUGCCGACACCGUUCAAGCCGAGUACCGCACCGCGGGAUAUUGGCGGGUCGGCGGCGACAGUCUGGGAGGCGCGCUCGACGAGGUCGCGGUCUACAACUCGGCAUUGAGUUCGGAUGCAGUGCAGGCGCAUUGGCAACGUGGCCAGGGCGUGGUAGCGAAUCAGCCGCCGGUCGCGGCGUUCACGGAAACCGUGACGGAUCUGGCAGUCGCCUUCGACGGCAGCACUUCGGCAGAUCCGGACGGGACAAUCGUUUCGUACGAGUGGAACUUCGGUGACGACGCGACAGGUGCCACUAUUACAGGUGCCGACGCGAAGAUCGACCAUAGUUAUGCUGUCGCCGGUACGUACGCCGUGACCUUGACCGUCGUGGACAAUUCCGGCGCGAAAAGCACUGCAACACAUCCGGUUACCGUCAAGGACGCGGUUGUUCCGGCUGACGGCGAGGUAGCCAAGGACAAUUUCGACAGGGAAACGGUCUCGGGUCUCGGCGAAGCAGAGGUCGGUGGCGUCUGGUCGGUGACCGGUGGUGGAGCCAAAGCUUCAGUCGAGUCGGGUUCGGCCAAAGUUACAGUACCCGCUGGCCGUUCGGCGACUAUGUUGUUGCCCGCGGUAGCGUCCGGUGAUGUAGACGUGUCGCAUUCGAUGUGGCUCGAAGCGAUGCCGACCGGCGGCGGCGCGUAUCUGUCGACCGUGCUGCGGAGUGGGGCUUCCGGCGAUUACCGUUCGCGGGUAAGGAUUCUCGCUGACGGUUCGGUACAGGUGUCGUUGACCAAAGUGGUGGCGGGUACCGAAACGGUACUCGGUUCGGUCGUGACGUUGCCCGGCCUGACGUACACGGCAGGUAAGGUGUGGGACGAGGAAAUGCCAGAGCCGGUGCAGUGGACCAGAUCCGUCACCGAUUCCACUCCGGAACUGCAAGCUCUGGGUUCGACGGGGUUGGCGGUGUACAUUUCGGGAUCGUCCACCGAGCCGGUAGUGGCCCGGUUCGACAACUUCGAGGUCGCUCGACCGGAG